AUGGCAAGAGAUGCAGCACCUCCGGCGCUCCUAAAGACAAUAUCAUGCAAAUGCCACACCAGCUGUACUGCAGCUUGUGGCUGCAGAAGAGCUGGACUGAACUGUUAUAGCUUGUGCAAACAUUGUAUUGGGCAGUCCUGCGAAAACACACAAGAAAUUGUAAUCGACAAAAACGACGACGACGAAGAUUUUGCUGUAUUAGCUGAAAAUAAAGACUACUCUGCCUUUUCAGCCGGAACGAGCUCGACUGUAAUAAACAUUUGUAUUUAUAUUGUAUCAUCAGAAUAUGGAUUUUAUUGGAAGUUAUUUUACGGAACCAAGGAAUACAUCCAUGACAUACCAAGUGAUAAUGGAAGUGAUGAUCCUGAACUCUCCGAUGACGAAGAUAAUGUGUUAGGACGUGUUCUGAUACUCGAAAGCGACGAAGAAACUGAACAAGAAGUUGAGUCUGAUGAUAAUGAUGAUAUAAUCGUACCCUAUACAGAUGUUGACGAAGACAUUCCCCUGGCUGAACUAGCAGAAAAGUUAUUGAAUCCUGGUGCUUGGAGAACUGGAAAUCUCAGAAAAGACCCGAAUGACAUCACAUUUUUCGGAGAGCAGCAUAUGCCUAUAUAG